CGUUUAUCAAAGCGUUCGAUGGAUGAGAUUGUCAGUUGUACAUUACAAGCCUGGUGAAUGACGGGAUGAUGCUAGUUGUAUGUGUAUAACUAUGUAUCUGUAUAUGGAUUGUGGCUUUUAACAUGUGAUUAUAAAUGUUUCUUACUGUCAAUCAUGAAAAUACCACACGGAAUGUAGAUAUAUAAAAAGGCAAAUUUUUAACUUUUUACUCUAAGUGGUAAGCCGGAUCAGACAUCACUGAUGAGUGUGCGUAUGUCUAAAGAUAGAUUGUUUACACAAUUCCAAUGAGCUUUUCUUCUGGAAUUGUGAGAGUGGAGCUGUGGAAAGAAUCUUGUUAACAUUUGAACAUCUGUGUCCGCCAGGGAAACUUGUGUUAAGUGCUGUGUGGCAUACGUAGUUGGCGUGCAUACUUACCUGUGUAUAUAUAGUGUUUUAAGAUGAAAAAUCUGCAGACUGUACCACUUAUCACGACACAGUUUGGCCACCGCUGUGCAGAGGAUGCAAACGAACCCACUAAGAAAACGUAUGUGGAGCUUGUCAUCGAUUGGUAUUGUACGGGAAGCCGUGUCAGACAGGGGACUUGGCGGGCCUAAUCAAGCAGGUAACACGACUCUAACGACGAUUGAGAGGAGCUGUUGAUUGGCGUGACACCAACAAACAUAUUGAUGAAUCUGCAAUCAGGUGCAUUUAACACCGAGAGUAAAGGGUAAGAUACCGCCUUUUGCUGCGUGGUGGCGUCGGAUUCCAAUAGCCGGAACAAAAUAUAGCCGACUUCCGCUCAACACUGGCAUACUAUACUGAGAUAAAUAUCGUGCAUAUUUACUGGCGGACUUGCUUCCCCUCGCUGGUCCAGAUAUAUCCAUCAUUCCACAUCACAGACAAUCGAACGCAAUUAUGAUAACAAUAUAACUUACCAAUAAUAAUUGACGGUCACGUGUUAUUGACAGCUUUACUUGUUGAAGUAAUGGUCAGUCGAUACCGGCUCACUAGGGAAUCCGUUCAUUGCUGGCCAUAACACACUGUCUUGAGGUGGUGCAUAGGGGACGGAGCUCUGGACACAGAUAGAGGACUUAAUUGUGUAAGCGGAUGAACACACACGAUACGGAUUCCAUCACCUUGCUAAACCGGUUGAUGAAUACAAAUCCAAUUCAUUUUACAUGGUAUUUGAAAAUGUGAGGUUAACAAAACCUGUGGCAUUGGUUUGCGUGUGAUUGUGUACGCUAAUUCGCCGAACGUUGGAUUAUAUGGCACCUACUGGCUGGACCGUAUUGAUCAUUUAUUGAUGGUCAGCAUUACAUUACACAUAACUCGUUUAAUAGAAAAGUCUCUGGACAUGGCUACUAGAAAGAACACCUAUCAUCAAACAUGGAGAGUAUUAUUUAAUUUAACGUCAAAACUCCGUUAACAGUUUAAAAAGCAUGUCACAAUUUUGAAAAAGAAAACGCUUUUAAUGACAAUGUGGGAAAAAGUGUCCUAAUCCAUAACCUUAUGAUUCAAUCAUUCCAUUGGUCUCAUGUCAGGCUUUACGAGCAGACGACAUUUCCCAAUGCCAGAAUCCGAAGUGGACAUGGAUGUAGUUGUAGCUAAGAUCAUCUCGCUGGUCGUCCUUACCGUGCUAACCGUGUUGUUUGGGCUAUUCCCCUGUAGACUCAUGCAGUAUUUUGCGAAAACAAUCUUCAAACGAAAGAAGGUUCUGGACUACAUGCUUUCAUCUUUAAAAUGUUUCUCAGGGGGAGUGUUUUUAGGAACGUGUUUUUUACAUUUGAUUCCGGAAACACGGACUAAAAUUGACCAAAUGAUGUCUCAAAUUAGAUCGCAUUCCACGUAUCCGGUUGCAGAGUUAUUGACAAUGGCAGGAUUUUUCGGGGUGAUAUUUACCGAACACGCCAUUCGAGCUCUAUAUAAGAAACUUCAAGCAAUGACCGACAACGAUCGAGAAUGGACUGAAAGUGAAAUUUUACCUACAACACAUUCAACAAUUUUAAAAAGUGAUAUUGAAGGUGACAUCGAGUCUCAGAGUUUACACUCACUUCAAAAUCAGGAUGUCGAGUCGGGUUCACACGAAAUGAAUAUGAUGAAUGAGACAGAGGAUACCAAAGAAAUCAUGGACAUGGAAAUUGAACCUGCUCCUCUUCAGGAUUUAGAGGUCAAACAGGUCGUAACGGAAUUAAGUCGAGGAGACGAUUCUAGUAGAGGUCAUAUGAGGUCAGUGCUAUUUAUAACCGCCUUAUCCUUUCACGGUGUGUUCGAAGGGAUGGCUCUUGGACUUCAGAGUUUGGAGAGUAACGUCUGGGUGCUGUGCUUUGCUAUAAGCAUUCAUAGGGGAAUUUUAGCGUUUGGAAUAGGACUACAGCACAUGCGCAAUGACGAAAAACACAGUACAAUGGUGUUCAGUGUAGCGUCCUUUGCUAUUUUAGCGGCUGUUGGAAUAAUCAUCGGAAUUGCAAUUUCAACAGGAGCACAGUUAUAUACAGACGUUAACGUACCUAACGCCAUUCUACAAAGUUUAGCUACAGGGACACUAUUCUAUAUAAUAUUUUUUGACAUUCUCUUCAAGGAGAUGGACGGUAACAAAGACGUGAAGAAGAUGUCAUGUACCUUCGUGGGAUUCGCUGUUAUGGCUGUGAUAUUUGCUGUUACUAGGGAAUAAGAGAGUGAAAAGUAAAAUUGUAUAUCGUUGUCUAAAACUACUGCUUCGUGAUAGACCAAUUGUAUGUAAAUUAUUUCCAUAUUCACUUUAUGUUAAUAUAUCGUUUGAUUUACAUUACUUCAUUUUUCACAUGUAAACCGUUUAACUCAUUUUUAACAUGUAAUCAUUUAAACUCACGAGAGAAUUUGUUUUUGCGAAUGUUUUUAGUUUCGUAUUUCCCACGAAAUGUUUUCUGGUAAUGGCGUCAAAGCGCUAAUUAUACAACACAACCUGUCAAGGCAUGUGAAUAUUCUAUUUAAACUCGACUGGCCUUAAUUUCCCAUAUAAUUAAUUGGUUUAUCGAAAUAUUUGGAAGGAACGGACCAGAUGACAUUCAAAAUAAUAGUAAUACUUGAACAAAUGUACACCUUAACGUGGACAUUGAAGAAUUUCUUAAUUUGGUGAAUAAAUUUAUUGAUAACUAAUGAUGCUGGAAAGUUAUACCAAGUGUUCCUUUUCCUCUAAACAAAAAGUCAAUCUUGUGAUUAAAACACUCCCGAUUGCUUAUACGUAACUGAAAUCAAUACACUUUCACGCAGAAGAUUUGUUUAAUUGUGAUUAAAGAAAUGAAUGUGUUGCAAGAAAGUUUAUGGAAUGAAUUCUAAUACAAUAAUGUCUAAGAUUAUCUAGGCAAUUUUUAGUAGCAUUGUGUGCAUUGUUCCAAAUAUCACACCAUCAUUAUGUCAAGUAUUCGAUAGAUUAAAUAGAAAUAGAAUAGACUCAACCGAAAAAAAUACAAUAUGCAGAACUAAUGAAUGUAAUGAGGAUGUAUGUCAAUAAUGACAAUUUCAAAAGUUGAACUGAUACAAAAAGUGAUGAAAAUCUCUGUGCAUAAUGUGUUCAAUAUUUGAAAGACAUCACCAACGAAACAUCUGAGUGAGAGAAAAAAUGUAUGAUUAUGAAUUGGUUUUAAAAAGGAAUCUCCGUCUUAAAGCAACAAAUGAAAUUAAUGCGUAUUUAUAUCGAACGAACUUCAUAUUCCUGCAUUCGAUCUAAUGCCAGUUAAAAUAAUUUAGUGAAGUGAAGUUUUAAAUCCAUCAUAUUUCCAUUGUAGCGUGUGUUUUAAUUGGUGGAAGUUAAUUGUAUGAAUGUUACCACAAAUUCUGGUACUUUGCUCUGAUGGCAAAAUUAAGAUAAGAAAUAUUCGGAAUAUAUAUGACACUCUUUGCCUGACAAAGGAAACAGACGUUUUCGUUAGCUCUCAAAAAAAAGGUUUUCAAUUCCUGUUUGUGUUCAAAACAAAUAUUUUUAAGCAUUUAAUCAGGUAAAACAUUUGUUUGGCUUUAGAUUGCCUGAUAGCUGAAAGUGAAUUCAGGAUGUUGUUCGAUAAUGCUGUACGGUGUAUUGGAUUUUAAUAGCAUGUCCAUGGUAAUGGCAUAUCUGUAGUCUAUCACAAGAUUUUCUAUCGGAUGCUGAAAGCAUUUAUUCACCAGAAUAUUGAAGGAUAUAACUUAAAAUCAAUUUGAAAUUCUACUGCCUGAAGUAGAGUAAUCAAAGUGAGUCGAAAGCAAGCUUAAUUAAAAUCCCAUACACUUGUUUUUCAUCUUCCCGUCGUCCUGUGGUGUAUCAAAACAAUGUCGGUCGCUUUCAUGUCCGCGUGUCUUCCUCGUUUAAUGUUAAGAUGUUACCAUGGCAACAAAGUAUAUUUAAUAAAAUAAUCUUG